GCCAUAUCAAAAGGUGCGCAACAGUGGCAUGCUUGAAAAUAAAGGAAGACCCGUUCUCUUUAAAAAGCAGGGUCCCUUCUACCAUAAACUUCACGUUCUAACUUCUAACUUUUCUUCCCCUCUCAUCUAAUUCUUAUCAUACCAACUUUUCUUUUUUCCUUUUUUUUAGGUUCCUCUCUAACUAUUACUAAUACCUUAUAUCAUAGAUCAUCUAUUCAUAUAUAUGUUUUUUUUUUCUUCUUUCUAUUAGUAUUUGUAUAAACUAAUCCACACGCCACUGAUCUGUUUAUUUUGAAGAUCACCACCACCAAUAGCUUUUUUUCUUCCUAUAAUCUCAUUCUCAAUGGACACCGUUUUGAGUCCAAACGCAAAGGAACAAUCCAUUGCUACAACAAACAAGCAAAUCAAAAUCAAAACUCCAAAGAAAAACAAACGAGGGGGUAAUAGUAAUUUCACUUCUAACACCUAUGCUGGUCUUUUGAAUCUUCCUCCACACAAACAACAACCGCCUCUCUUACCUCUGCCACGUGCUUCUUCAAUCCUUCAUCACAAACCUUUGCUUCCACGAAGCCUCAACACUCAAACUUUGUCUCCGACACCUAAGAAAUCGAAACCAAAAAAGAGAGAACAAUCAAAGAAGAGAUCGGGACCGGAGUUUCUUAUGGUUAAUCCAUGGGGACCCGACCCGAAAGACCUUCCCAAAAAUUUACCUGUUGUUAUUGGAACUGGAAACAUGGACGUUUUUUCAGAGAAGGUUUUCAAUCUAGCUCCACCGCCUAGUAGCUUGCCGUUGCCAAAGUUUUCUAUGAGAACGAAACUCAGUUGCAACACAGAAGCUGCUGCGGCUGUGGCGGGUAGUUUUGUUGACGACGGAGCAACAAACAAUCUCCGGCGUCUUCUACGUCUCCGGUGAAGUUGUUCGCUUCUUUUCGUAACACGUUGUAUUAAUUUAUGUUUUAUUAGUUUUAAUUAUUAUUAUGUAAAUAAAAAAUAAUCGGCGAAGGUAAUUUUGCUGAUUUUGUUUUGUAUUGUUUUUGUCCUUUUGUUGUUAUUGUUACUUGAAUCUAUGUGGCCACCGCCUAUGUUGUUUUUGAAUUAGGGGUGCACAAAAAUGAUGUGUGCUUGUUGAGAUUAUACACCAUCACAGAUCCACAAGUAGUAGAACUAGAACUAUGUGUAAUUUCUUCUUAUUAUAUAUAAUAAAUUUUAAUUUCAUCA